AUGGAGCGGGAUACUAGACACAGCAUUGUUUGCGACCAAUCUCCUUUGUUGCAGCUCCUUCAAGAAACCCUAGCAAAGGAUGUCGACUUCGAAGCCCUGGAGGCUAUCCUUAUGAGCCGACUGAUGCGAGAAUCGAAUUUCCGCCACACGUUUAAAAGCAAGAAAGCUGGCUUCACCAAGAACGGACGAUCUAUUAAGCAACUCGCGUAUCCCUGGUGGGUGGCACAGUGUAUUCAUUACGGACUUCGCUUUCCGUGGACAAAGGAAGAUGCUAUAGCAAGCAUUCGAGCACGCCUAUCAACGAAAGUCUUGAGCAGGCCGGCCGAAAUGAAGGCUUUGGGAAAGAGGCUAAAGAUCGCACAGCGACGUCGUGCGCGGGCACAAGAGCAAACCGUUUCGGGCAAUACUGGGUCCGAUGUCGAAACACAGAAGGAAAAAGACAAGAAAUAG